CUCUCUCUCCCCCUUCCCUCUAUGUUCAACCAUGUCUCUGCUGCCCAUCUUCUUCGCCUUCAUCCUCCUCGCCUUCAUUCAUUGCUCCACCUCCCUUACAAGAACCUUCACUUUCCCUCCCUUCUCUGAUGGCCAAAAUUUAACGCGUUAUGGCGAUGCCUUCGUCACAGCGGAGGGCUACCUAGACCUCACUUCGACAGAUAGGAAUAAGGAGGUCACAAGCAGCACCGGUUGGGCCAUCUAUGCCAAGCCAAUCACCCUUUAUGAAGCCCGCACCGGAUUUGCAGCGGACUUCCAAAGCAAUUUCAGCUUCGAAAUCUCCCCCUUCAACGCCACCACCUGCACCGGCGACGGCCUCGCCUUCUUCAUGGCACCCGCCAACUGGACUCACAAAAAGGAAUACGAUGGCUACGGUCUUGGGAUCUUCAACAGAAGUGCCGGCGCAAACAACAGCCAAAUGAUCGCCGCAGAGUUUGACACGUAUUACAAUUACGAAUGUGAUCCUGUAGACUUUAUUUAUUUAAAAAAAGCAGGCCUCAAGCAUAUGGGGAUCGAUAUCAACUCCCUCGUCUCCAACGCCACAGCCAUUUGGAAAACCAUCGGCACGAAUUCUACGAAUGCAGCUGCCCUCGUCCAGUACGACUCGAUAACAGGGAACCUCAGCUUAAGUAUGAAGGAUCGGACUGACAUCAGCCAACGGUACACAUCUUUUAUUAUCAACCUCACCACCGUCCUCCCAGAGACCGUCAUCGUGGGCUUCUCUGCAUCAACAGGGGGCUGUAGCGAAGGUCACCGGAUAGUGAGUUGGAAUUUCUCAAUUACUGUCCCCAACUGGCAGCAUAGCUCCACGGGUUUGCAAAAUAUGACCGUCAUCGUCCUGGUGGCGUGUUUCGUUCCUCUGCUUAUCUUUCUUGUGGUAAUAAUCAUUAGUUUCAUAAGGAGGAAAAAUGAAACGGUAGAGUUGAAGGAGGAGGAAGAAGAAGAGACAGAUGAUUUUGCAGGAAUGACCAUGAAUUUAGAGACGGGCCCCAAGAAAUUCAGAUACACGGAACUCACUGCAGCUACUAAUGACUUCGGUGAAGAAGGGAAGCUUGGGCAAGGUGGGUUUGGUGGUGUCUACCGUGGUAUCUUGAGGGACACCAAUGAAGUGGUGGCGGUAAAGCGGUAUUCUAAAGGGUCGAGCCAGGGCAAAAAAGAGUAUGUGGCGGAGGUGACUGUGAUCAGCCGAUUGCGCCACCGCAACCUUGUAAGGUUGAUUGGUUGGUGCCAUGAGCGAGGUGAGUUCUUGCUGGUAUACGAAUAUAUGGAGGGCGGCAGUCUGGAUUCACAUCUCUUUAACUCAAAAACCUGCCCAGUCUUGCCCUGGGCUCAACGAAUGAAGGUGGUGCUCGGCCUUGGAUCCGCAGUUCUUUACCUGCACGAAGAGUGGGAGAAGUGUGUUGUGCACCGUGAUAUCAAGUUGAGCAACGUGAUGGUUGACUCUGACUUCAACGCUCGUCUUGGUGACUUCGGGCUGGCUCGACUCGCAAAUCAUGGGUUCGCUGCGAGAACGACGAUGAUUGCUGGAACCAUGGGUUACUUGGCACCAGAAUGCGCAUUCACAGGCAAGUUCAGCACACGAAGCGAUGUGUACAGCUUCGGAGUGGUACUACUUGAAAUCGCAACUGGUCGAAAGGCCACUAGCCUAAUCGGAGAGGAAGAGGCGUGUCUGGUGGAGUGGACAUGGGAGUUCUACGGGCUCGGUUCUCUCAUGGAGGCCGUCGAUGAGAGGUUGAAAUCCGAAUUCGACGAACAGGAGAUGGAAAGGACGAUGGUGGUGGGUCUAUGGUGCGUGCACCCUGACCCUGAGAGGAGGCCGACGAUUAGGGAGGCGAUUAAAGCGCUGAGCUUGCAAGCAAACGUACCAAGCCUCCCGCAAAAGAUGCCGAUGCCAUUCUACACGCCACUUCCAACAAGCGAGUUUGGUUUUUUGUUUACUAGCAGCAGCAGUGGAACGACGAGGAUGUCGACAACAGCCUAAAUCGAUGCAGUCAGGAAGCAGCUCUGUUGCGGUCAGAAGGAUAGCUUUCUUGGGCCAGUUGCUGAGAGAACUGGGGUGCCCCACCAUUGAGGUGUUCUACUCUUCUCAUGAACUGUAAUAGGAAACGAUGCCUUUGUAAUAGAACUUCUUGGGAAUUGGCGUUGGGUAGUCUAUGUCCAUUCGUUUGUUUUGGGGAAUUGUAGUUACCAAAAUUUU